AUGGGGCUGAUGAGCCUGACGACAACGAUCAGGCUGCUGUCGGCGGCCGCGCUGGUGACGACAGCGCUGCUGGCGGCGGUGCCGGUGGCGUCGGGGCAGCAGCAGCCGGCGGGGGCGGCGUCGUGCACGGCGUCGCUGCUCACCAGCUUCACCCCGUGCUUCAGCUUCCUGACCAGCAACAGCAGCAACGGGUCUCCGCCGACGCGGGAAUGCUGCCGGUCGCUGGCGGCGCUGGUGAACGCCAGCACCGGCUGCGCGUGCCUCGUCCUCACGGGCGCCGUGCCGCUGCCGGCGCUGGGCGUCCCCGUCAACCGCACGCUCGCCGUGUCGCUUCCCAAGGCCUGCGACUCCAUGUCCGUCCCGCUGCAGUGCCGAGACACGUCGUCGGCUCAGAGCCCGGCUCCAAGCCCCGUCGCAGACACACCCUCCACGCCCGCGUCGACGCCGGCGACGCCAGAAGCUCCGGCGCCGCCUACCGUGGACCCCACGGCGACGGCACCGGUGAGCCAGGGGCAGACGAGGCCGAUGGUGCUGCCCAGCUCCGCCCGGAGAACAGCAACCAGCGCCCACGUCGCCGCGGCGCCGGCGCUAGUGCUGCUGCUCGCCGUUGCGGCCGCGCUAGUGUGA